UAAGAGAAACAAAGAAGAAAAGAAACCCCUUCGUCCCAGCAGGUGUCGCGGCUGAAUAUCUGAGCAUUUUGCGCCACCUUGUGAGACGGAGCGUCCCCUCGCUGCCGCGCCAUGGUGUCGCUCCUCUGCUCGCUCCGGCAGCACGCGGACGAGAUCCGCUGCUGCUCCUUCUCCGCCUCCCUGCUCGCGACCUGCUCCGGGGACAAAAGCGUGCGCGUGUACAGCACGGCCGACUUCUCCGAGCGGCCCUUCUCCCCGCUGACGGGCCACGGCUACGGCGUGCACUGCUGCCGCUUCAGCCGCUGCGGCGCGCGCCUGCUGAGCUGCUCCACGGACGGCAGCGCGCGGCUGUGGAGCCCGGAGACCGGGGAGCCGGCGGCGGAGCUGCGCCACCCGGAGCGCGCGGCGCUGCGAGUCUGCGCGUUCUCCCCGGACUCCGCCUCCGUGCUGGCGGGGGCCUCCGACGGCACGGCGGCCCUGUGGGACCUCGGCUCCAGGACCCUGCGCAGAUGCAGCGCGGUGAGUGACGCCAGCGUCGUGGCCUGCUGCUUCUCUCCCUGUGGCCAGAUGUUUGUGACCGGCUGCACCCACGGAAACCUCAAGCUGUGGGAUCUGGACUUCAGCCUGCUGCAUGAGGAGAAGGACGCUCACGACCUGGGGGUCGCCUGCUGCAGCGCGGCGCCCCACUUCAAAGUCGAUGACUGCUGUGUGGAGUUUCGAUUGGCCUCCUGCGGGCAGGACAGCCAGCUGAAAAUAUGGAUCGUUUCCCAGCAGGACGGAGCAGCCUGCAUGAUGAAGCUGCUUCACACCCUCACCAGCCAGUCGGCUCCAGUUCUGUCAUGUGACUUUUCCUAUGAUGGAGAGCUGGUCGUCGCCGGCUCGGUGGAUAAAAGUGUGGCAGUGUAUGACGCGAACCUGGGAACCCUGCUGCACAUCUUGAAACAACACACCGGGUAUGUGACCGCCGUCGCUCUCUCUCCAUCCGCUCCCUGGAUCGCGACGGGCUCCAUGGACAGAUCUGUGAACGUGUGGAGAAUCGGGGAUGGAGACGGCCCAGCUGCAGCUGAAUCAAAGCCGACUCCGUGCCAAGGAAGGAAGCGGCGCGCUUGCUCCGGGCUGCUGCCCGCCGAUUGGACGGAGGAGGACGUGCAGAGCUGGCUGCGCGAGGAGGGACUGGCGGAGCUGGUCGGUCCCUUCAGAGCCAACAACAUCGACGGACCGGAGCUGAUCCGGCUGAACAGGGAGACGGCAGCCGAGCUGGGAAUCGAGUCGGUGGGCCUCCGCGGUCGACUCGUGAGGAAAAUCGAGGAACUGAAGGCAGAGCAGGACGGGCCGGAAGCCCCCGAUGAGUUCCUGUGUCCGAUCACCAGGGAGCUGAUGAAAGAUCCCGUCAUUGCUGCAGACGGAUAUUCCUACGAGCGCCAGUCCAUCGAGAGCUGGAUCCGAGGCAAGAACAAAAGCAGCCCCAUGACCAACCUGCCGCUGCAGACCAGCCUCCUCACCCCCAACAGGUCCCUGAAGGCGGCCAUCACCCGCUGGAGGUCGAGCCAGUAGACCGGUUAACGGCUUCAUCUGGUAACAAAACGCUUUUAAUUAUCUUUAAUUUAUUUGACUCUGCCUGCCGGUUACACUCUUUACAAAUAUUCGGCUGUAAAACGAGAGUUCAUGACUUCUGCUGAACUCAGCUUGAAUGUUUCCUGUAAAAACAGCUGAAUAUGAUCCUAUAGCUGCUUCUAAUCCAGUGUUUAGAUAAGCUUCUUUUCACUGUGGACUUUAAAUAAUGAGUAACAGAUGAAGAAAAAACUGGAUCAAUUCUCUCGUAAAUGUAAACAUAAAGAACCAAAAAUGAGGAAAUCUGUUUCAACAGUAUCAUAUAUAAUAAGCUGGUUAGGUGUUUCAACAAAUGAUGCAUGUAUAUUUUUACCUUAAUAAUAAAGAGACUGUUUUGACUGUAUAUAAUAGUCAUUCUCAUUUUAAUUUAAAAAAACCAAACGGAUGUCUUACUGCACGUUUUACUUAGAAAUUAAGUAGAAUCCGAAUGUGUCGUUAACGUCUGUAGCCACAGGGAACGCUGUUCAGCUGCUGCCUUCAUGGUUAAACUGUGUGUUUGGAGAAAUGACCUCAUGGUUGUGUAAUGCUCAUGCUCCUGUCGAGCUUCCCAGCGGUGGUUAUCUUCCACCAAUCAUCCUGGUUUCUGCAGAAAUAAAGUCAACGGAGCAGUGUGCUUUU